AUGGCUGAGCAAUUAAGAGAUUUACACAUUAAACGGGGUCAGAUUAAGGCAUAUAUGACUAGGGCAAAGAGUCAUAUUGAUAAACUAGCACAAACGCGUAGUACACCCCGCCUCAGGUUGCGUCGCGAUGAGCUCUUUGUCAAAUUGCGUGAAUUCGAAGAAGUGCAAACCAAAAUCGAACUAAUUGAUGAUACAUCCGAUCACAGUGUGGAACGUGAAUCUUUCGAAGACGCGUUUUUUACAAUCGUCGGCAACAUUGACGAAUUAUUGGAAGAUUGGUCGAAUUCAGCGCAGUCCGCGACGACGGAUACACCUUCUCCGACGCAAUCACAAUUAUCCGCGGGUUCUAACGGGCAUAUCAGGUUGCCGAAGUUAGAAUUACCACAAUUCGGUGGAUCAUACGAUAACAAGCGUAGAAUAGUGCAUACACAUAUAAGGGGUAUUAUGGAUAUACCUAAGAUUCAGAAAGAAAAUAGCGUUGCGCUGCGCGAAUUAGUUGACGCUGCCGCAAGAAACACGAGGGCACUUAGUGCACUGCAAAUGCCGGUGAAUCAGUCGGAUGACUUACUGGUAUUAGAAGCAAUCGCAAACCCACCAAUGCCGCUCGUGACGAAUCACAACCGACCGAAACCGCGUCAAGCAUUGUCUUCGCAGGUAACUACAAACAUACUCGCGUGUCCGGUAUGCAAGGAAAGCCACCAACUUUACAAAUGCGAAAGGUUCUGGAAGAUGCCAGUUAGGGAUCGCGUCUCCGAGGCAAAGAAAAAAGGGUUAUGCCUUAAUUGCCUGCGGUCGACGAAUCAUUUUGCCAUCGAAUGCAAUGCGAGUCGGUGUAAGGUGUGCAACCGAAAGCAUAACACCUUACUACAUACCCAGUCGGAACCGUCGCAGAAUUCCACGGACGUCGCUAACGAACGCGGCGAGUCAGACAGCGAAGCGGCGGUUGCAAACAUAGGUCGCGGGUUAAAGGCAGCAUCUCAUCGGGAGGCGUUGCUUUUAACAGCUAAGGUCAAGCUAUUAGACUUUAAUGGAAAACCAAUAACCGUUCGGGCAUUACUGGAUUCGGGGUCCCAAGUAAACAUAAUAACGUGUAACUUAGCGCAGCGUCUAAGGCUGCAAUCCAAGGAAUUCCGAGCGCCAAUCGCCGGAAUUGGUCAAAUGACGACACAACCGCUACAUCAAAUGGAGGUUGUGCUCAAGUCCAACUAUAAUAACUACCGGAGAAAAAUAGAUUGCGUAGUACUAAAUUCAAUAACCAAGAAAUUMCCAGCCAUAUCUAAGAACGGCAAUGACUUCGCGAUCCCCGAUAACAUAAGGUUAGCGGACCCCACAUUCUACGAGAGUGCGAACAUCGACGUGUUAUUGGGAAUAGAGGUUUAUCUGGAAAUACUAUGUAAGGGUCAGAUUAAAGCAACGCGGUCGCAUCCAACCUUACAAAAAACGCAGUUAGGAUGGGUAGUAGGCGGCUGUUCGCAUGAGGUAAAAAGCAGCCCCAAAGAGGUCGUAUGUAACGUAGCUACCCAGGUACAGAAGGUUGACGAGUCGGUGUCGAGGUUCGGGAAACUGGAUACCGUCACGACUGUUCAUCCGCUGACAAAGAGGGAAAGGUACUGCAAAGAGCACCUUAAUAGAACAUACGGACGGACAACGGUAGCUAAAAUUCUAGCAUUGCGGGAUGCAUACUCAAGCUUUAGGAAAGAAUACAGGGAUUUAGAGCACUUGCGGACGUUACCAGACGAUAUAGCAACUCCGCUAAGUAAUUAUCACAUACCACAUCAUGCGGUCUUAAAUAAGAAAAGUGCAACGACAAGGUUGCGUGGGGUGUUUGACGCGUCUGCCGAAUCGAAUUCCGGCGUAUCGUUAAACGAAGCAUUGGCAUGGAUAAGGUCGCCAUUGCGAAAUUGGACUACGUUCGUGUCCAAUCACGUGGCGGAGAUGCAGGAAGGAAUACCGAGCGCGAAAUGGGGACAUGUGUCUUCCGCCGAAAAUCCAGCGGAUUUCGUAUCCAGGGGAGUCACCCCAACAAAACAUUUAAGGCGUGAUCCAUGGUGGCACGGACCAGGAAUUGGCUUCGAGAACGCGCCUGAUACAGUGUCAGAAGCGCCACUCGAAGAAUUGCCGGAGAAUCGAAAUACGGGUGUCGCGUGUACGACCACGAUGAUAGGCUGCGACCGGAGGUCGCGAGAGUUUUGCGAUAUUCAGCAAAUAUUCGAAAUCCACCCGACCAGCACAGGUAAUAGCGUAAUGCGGCAGGUUUGCAGGAACGUGCGGCGUGCACAAAACAAGGACAUCGGUCCAUUAACUGUGGCAGAAAUCGCGAAGGCCAGGGAUCGUUUAAGAAAAUAG